GCUGCCUCGCUCCAUCAUCACAGUGGCGGAACAAGUGAAGAAAUCAUGAAUCAUCAGUGAGGGCCUUAAGUCAAAGCGUAGACUGUUUAUUACAGGCGAUUUCAUUGUUUGCCCAGCUGCCCACUACUAAGUCUACUUGGAAUAGCUGACAUUCGAGUGAAAUAUUUAAGUUGUUUAUUAACGUUAGAGAACUGGUCGCCUAAUUUAGGGGCUUUGACGUUAGCUGACGUUAGCUAACGUUAGCUAAACCUACCAAGCUCAGUUAAACUUGUAAACACUUUUGUGAAAGAUGGCUGACAACGGAACACACCCGGCUGAAGAGGACCCAGCUGCAGCUUUCCUGGCUCAACAGGAGAGUGAGAUAGCGGGGAUAGAGAACGACGGCGAAGGAUUUGGAGCACUGGAAGGAGCGGGCGGCCAACAGCCGUCUCCGCCGCAGUUGCUCAACUAUGAUGGUUUCGAAGAUGAGCUUGCCGCAGUGAAUGGGGAUAUGUUUCAGGAGUCCAAUGGCCCAACAGACAACUACGCAGCCAUCGCCCAGGUGGAUAUUCAGAGGCAAGAGCCAGAGAGUUUACGCAAGUGGAGGGAGGAACAGAAGACACGCCUUGAGGCAUUGGACUUAGCAUCCAAGGCAGCAGAGGCAGAGUGGAGAGAGAAAGCCAAAAAGGAGCUGGAGGACUGGCAUGUACACCAGAAUGAGCAGAUGGAGAAGAACAAGGUCAACAAUAGACUCUGUCCAAGUCUGGCACGGAUUGCUGACAAGGCUUUCUACAAACAGCCCAACUCUGAUGUUAUAGGCUUUGUAGCAUCAGAGGAGGCUUUCCUGGCAGAGAGUGAUGGCGACAGCCCAGGAUCUGAAUGGGAGAGAGUAGCCCGUCUCUGUGACUUCAAUCCGAAAACCAACAAACAGGCAAAGGAUGUUUCUCGAAUGCGUUCUGUCCUCAUCUCUCUCAAACAGACACCUCUAGUUCGCUAGAGGAGGUCGCAGGGAGAAUUUUGUUCUAGAAACAUUGCCUUUCAGUUUUAACCUCACAUUGCAUCAGAAGAGUUUCUAUGCCCUUUUCCAUAAAAUUCCUGGUAUGUUGAUAACCUUUGAAAACUUCCCGCCUUUCUUGAUGCCUAAUAUGCUGAAAUAAUAUACUUAACUCCACUCUCUUGUGAGAAGAUGAAGGACUGUGCUAUUGUUACGACAUCCUUUAGCUGGUCAGUUUUAUCACUACUAUACUUAAGAAAAUAUUGUUACUGUAAGUUAAACAGUUUCCUUCCCCUUUUAACUUAUAAAUUGUUAUUAGGUCAACUUUAUCGCAUGCUUCUGCCAAUAUUUUGGAUGCACAAUUUUUGGUUGUUUUUAUAAAUUUGCAUUUUGGUCAAUGUCAAACACUUACUUAUUAAGCACUAUUGCGUAUUAGAUUGUAACCACUUAUGCCUCUCAUUAAUGUAGAAACGCAGUCUUUGUUCACAUUUGUUGUAUUAUAUCCCUAAUCAUCAUAUUUAACGUAGCUGGCAGAUUUUUCUCUUUCAAAUGCGUAAGCUCGUGGCCUUUUUGACGUAGCUCUUAAUCCAAUUUGAGUAUUUAGCCAGAUGGAUUUCCUCUUCAAUUAGGCAAGAUUUCAGGAAAAAAAAAUUCACAACCAAAGAUUUAUGCUAUCAUCUAAAUUUUCAGAUUUCACAUGAUUAACGGCUUGCGCCAUUUCUCAUUUCACUGAUUUUUCUCAGCAGACGUUUUAUGCUCCAUUUUUGUGUUACACCAAUAUGUGUUACUUUUUUUUUUUUAAACAGUAAUGUCUGCACAUUGUUUCACAUGUUGCCUAUUUGGACAUUAUCAAUACUGAAAAAAGUGAAUGUUAAAAGGGAACUGGAAAAUAAAAAUAGUGGAGUAUGAUCACCUAAAGUUAUUUGUCCUCACGUAUUUCCCAGCUAAGACUGUUGCCAUCACAAUGCCCUGGAGAUAAUCACUUGAUUCUGUUUGUCCAGUUGAUGCGUGAGGAGCUAAAAUUAUGUAGUAAUGCCCAGUGCCAACAUCCACCCUCGCAUACCCAGACGCACAUUGCUGAAGACUGUGCUGCUGUCUGUUUGAGGGACUUAGCCACAGUUUUUAGCAUUCAAACAUUAAAAACACAGACAACAUGAAAAGUUUCUAUGUGCACAGCAGCAAGUGUAUUUUUAUUCUAUGAUUCUAAUUUGUUUUGUUUUCAUAUGAUACGAGUGUCACACUUAACUGGCCACUGAAAUGCCUCUGCCUAGGUAAAGUGAUUUCACAAAGGGCUGUCGCAUUCCUAAUACAACCAUUGGGCUAUCCUACUCAAGGAUCUUCAAGUGAAAUUGAAAGUCUGAGUGUUUAAGGUGGACUUUGAUGGACUGGGCCUGUCUCGUGUCUAAAAGCCUCUUUGCACUUCGAUCUACUCAUCCAGGCCAUUAUUUUAUAUAUAAAAAAAAAACUGUUCACAAUGAAUUUCCUCACUGAUUUGUUUUUCUUAAAUAACCCAUUAAAUAAAGGUUGUAUAAGGAGUAGAUGUCCCCUGAA